GUCAUCAGUGUUGAUAGAAGUUGGAAGAUCUGGAGUUGAUAGGUGACUGAAAAUAGAUACAUCUUGCCAGAGGGGGUCAGCACUAGUCCUAGUCAGCACUGAGAAUGGUGAGAAACUGUCUUCACCAAUAGUCUGCACUGCAUCCCUUCUUGUUGACCCGGACACUGACCCAGCUAUGUCAGUAUGGAGAGACUAUAACUUUAAAAGCAAAUACACAAAAUGGGUGCUUCUUAAUAGCCACAGGCCAGCACAUGGAUUCUCCUGGCUACUACUUCAACUAUUGAUCUUAUAACAGUUCCACAUGGAGUUCUCCAUGAGUUCUUCUGAGAUCUUUCACACUCAAGCAAGAUGUCGUCUCUGAAGGUCAGCUACGCCUCUCCAUGGUCUCUCAUUCUCUUGCUCUUCAACAUCAUCAGAGGUUAGCCUCCACUCCAGACGCCAGAACCAUGAAACCCAUUGAGGAUUUAUCUACAGGUCAUCAGUGUGACUACCUACCUGACCUCUUGACCUCAAGUGCUGAGCAGACAAUCAAUGCAGUCUACAAUGAGGCAUAUCAGCCAGUCAACAAAUCAUGGGCAGUGAACUCGCAGCCUGGACGCUAACCCGUUUAGGUCCUUCAGGCCAGGCAGGCCGUCAACAGCAGACUGUAGCCAUGUGCUCAACUCCAGCAAGCUCGUCCUCGUCACUCACCACAAAACUGAUGCUAGUCAACCAGAAGAAUGCAGCCACCCUGGAGUUGAGUGACCUGUCAACAGAUCAUCAUACAAACCAGGCCAACCAACUAUACCAGCCACCAAGCUUACCAGCUAAUCAACUAGUCAGUCAGUGGAUUGUGGCCAACAUAUUUCAGCAGCCAGACAGCGAGCCAAAAAUUACAUCAAUUCAACAUGGUAGACAUCUCAAGAUCGCAGGACUGCAUGGAGGAACUUCACAGCAACCUGGGAUCGCCAUCAGCCUGUGGGAAACAGAGUUGACAUCACGUUAAGAGUCGCCAUC